AUGAACGAGACGGCCCGCAUCGAGUCGCAGUGGGAUCCUGAGGUUCGCAAGCGUCAGUUCAAAGUGCCGUGGACCUGUGAGGAAGGAGAUCCAGACCCUGAGCCGUGGGAACCACCGUGCGAGGCAGAAGAGCCGUCGCCGAAGCCAGAUGUGCCACCACCUCAGCCGAAAGAGCCGCCAACUCAGCCGAAGGAGUCACCACCGCAGUCAAAGCAGUCUGAUCGGCCCUCAGGCGGACCCGAACCACGAGCAAAAGCACGACCGAAGUGGGUGUGGCCACCGAGACCAAAGAAGGCGGCAGCUGGGGUCCUGACACAGGCGGCGAUCACCAAGUGGCAGUCGGACAUCGAACUGUUCCUCUCCGACGUGGCACGGCAGCCAUUCCCAGAACCCCCUUUCGAGGCGUGUAAGAACAUUAGCUGCCAAGUCCAGGAUCGGGCCUUGGACGUCUGUGAUUGUGUCAUCAAGAAGCUCUUCGCUGGCGCGAACCUCAAACUCGCGAGGAACUCUCUCCAUCCUGAUCGGCUAUCGUCUUCUCCGGCAGCUACCCGAAAGGAAGUCCAGGACAAGGGUCGUGAGCUCUUCUUGGUAGUAAACUCGAUGUACGAGCAGUCCAUAGGGAAGGCGUAG